CCCGGGGAAAGGGGCGGGGCGUCCGUUAAAGCCGUUGCGGCCCCGCCCACUCGCUGCCUUGCCCCCAGCUCUGUCCGGGAGCCUCUGCAAAGCCCGGUGGGUGACUGAAUAUAAUGGGCAAUGUCCAAUCAGAGGCAACGCAAGAAUCCGAGACUACCAAAGAUGGGGAGGAGAAAGCCAAUCCGGACAGGAGCAAAGCCGAUCGAGGGGCAAGCGGUGCUAAACGAGACAUGGGAUGCCAGUCUCCGAGUCCUCAAACGGUUGACCUGAAAGAUUCCAGUCAGUCACGGGGCAACGAGCCAGGAGGAGGGGACAGGCAGUCCGGGGCGGCCGAGAUGGGGAAGGGUAAUUCGAAAAAAUCCAAGCUGAAGCUGUCGUCCAUGUGGGCCCAGAAUUUGUCCAGCAGUGGGAUCAAAGAGGCGAACCUCUGCAAUAAGGGCUUGGCGACGGAGAGACGGGGGCUGACAUGUCUGAGCAGAGCUGACCUCCAGAGCGGCCAGAAUGCUGGCCCCGUUCUUCCAGAGGAACAAAAAGGUCUGAAGGCAGCUUUAAAGUCUCCACAAAGGGUGGCCCAUGACCCUAGGGACCUGGUCACCAGAAAAGCAGCGGCUAAAGGGAAAAGCAAAGCAGAGAACACUUCCCCAGGUCUUUCGCUGCAGCCUGAGAGACUGGUGGAACUGGGGCCUGGACCAGCGAUAGCCACGGAUGAGGAUGCCGUGGAAACCAAGGUCUGUUGGACACAGCACAUCAAACCGAACCCAAAGGAAUAUUCAGAGAAUGAGGGGCAAUCACCGAACUCUGCGCCUUAUCCUCGUAAGCAGCUUGCGAGCUCUCUGCAUGGCCCAGCGCCUUUGAACAUGAACGAGGACACCUCGAGCCCCCCCAAAUUUCUGAGUGAGAGGAACACAAACAGGCCAGCUCCUCCCUGUGGUGCUGCUGCACCAGGGGGGAAGAAAGUCCUCCUCUCAUGGGCAUCCGGUCACCGAGAGAAAGAGCAAGUGGAUGAACGGGACAGUGCUCCUGGGAGCGAUGGUGACUCAAAGGGUCCUGCUCUGGUUUCCCAGUUACCGGCUGAACAUGCGACGACCUCUAGCAGCCCCUUGGAGAGGCGUCCGGCUUCAGGAAGUGAUGCAAAGGCUGGAGGAAAGAAUGAGGCGGCGGGGGCGGAGGCAGUCAGUUCUGAGACAAUGCAAGAGCUGCUGGAACGGGGCCUCAACUUCCUGUACAAAGUGACCAUCCAACCAGGGCAAUGGCCUCCCAGCAUCAAGGCAGUGAAACAAAAAGCAGGCCUCGUUCCCCCGAGCGUCUCCUACGCCGAUGUCUUGAAGCAGUGCCCUCAGAAGAAGGCUCCCGCCAGCGUCCCGGCCCUGCCCAAAGGUCUGCAUCACCUCAUGACGACGGGGAGGAAGCUGCCGUCCAUUAAAGGGCUGGAGAACAGCAACCCCGAAGACUUCUCCUCCCUCAGCCAUCUGUUCCUGGAGCACUUCAAAAAAGUCACCCCAAAAGAGCCCGCCAGCCACGUGCCCAAUCAGCAAGUGGUCACGUUCCUGGAGGAGCUCUCCACAGCCAAUCCCAAAAGGCCAGAGUGGCAAAGGCCUCGGCCCCCGACUCCAUACCCUCAGCGGCGCAAAAGCCAGGGCAGGAAGCUGCCCAAGUUUGGCACGGCCAUGUCCCAGGUGGUCGCCUUCUUGGGCAGUGACUCAAAAUGCGAUUGGUUUGUGCACAAUGAAAACCAGAUGUCAUUGGAUGAGGCUGCCAUGGUGGUUGAAGAAGAGGGUGGGGACCCCCUCGAGCCAUCCAGCGCAGUUGACCAAGGGGCUGAAGAGGCGGGCUCCUCCCCGUCCGUCACGGCCUACUUCUUGGAUGAGGAAAUCCCAAUGGAGUUUGACGAGAACAUACAGAUAUCACCCAGGAAACCACCGGGGCUGCUAGAGGGUGUGACAGGAACGGUUCUGCUUAAGUCACCACCAUGUAACUCAGCUCAGGGUAUCUUCUCCCCGCUGGCCACAGCUUGGGCUCCCCAAACAGAGGACCAACCCUCUGUGCCAGCCCCCAAAUCACCUUCUCCUAGCGAGACAUCGGAGGUGUCCAGUCCCACAGUCUGUACCCCAUAUGCUCCCGUGGGGCCGGUUCCAGAGCAGAAGGCACAAGCCACAGCCCAAGCGAGACCCAAGGUUCGAAAGCAGGGCCCCGUAGCCCCGAAGUCUAAAGAGAAGCUCAAAUCGUCGGGGCAGCCCAAGGUGAAGGCACCCAAGGGGAAAGGACAAAAGCAGUGGCCCCGCAGUUGUGGCGUGACCUCCCCGCUGAGGUUGGAAGGGGUUCCUCUCUUUGUGCCUUUUGAGAAGGUCAUGAGACCUUUUUAUUUCGGGGAGCCUUCGGAGGCGCCCCUUUCUCAGGACAACCCGGCGGCUGCUAAAGAAGACGUCACCACCGACCGGGAUGUUCCCGAGCAAGACCCGGAGGACUGCCGCCCCGCGGAGCGUCGUCGGUGGCCGGCGUUCCAGGUGGUGGACUCGUGCCCCAGGAAGUGCUAUUGCAGACACCAGGAAGAGAGGAAGCUGCCCAAAAAUGUCGUGGCUUGGCUCAACCCGUCUGCCAACCACCUCGCCGAGCCCCCCUGGGUCGCUACCGCUCUGCUGGCCGUCUCGCUGGUCGCCGGGACCAAGUUUUGCCAGGAUACGUACAAACAGCAGCACGUCGCCCACCAAGACUGACCUC